GCAGUCAUGGCGAUCGAUUUUGGAGACCCCAAGAGUGGCUUCCGCCAUAGUGAGGUGAUCACUUUCAUUAAUGAGGAGGUUCUGGGUAAUGGGGGCGGGCCAGACUUCUAUCUUACUUUCCGCUCGCGAUCCUGGAAUGACAUUGAAGACGGCCUGAAGUCUGUGGUGGCGGACUCGCAGGUCCCUCGAACCAUUAAGAGGGCUUGUGCCUGGAGCGCGCUGGCCCUGGGGGUUCGAAUGGCAGCCAAGCAGCGAGAGCGGCUGGCGCGCCGCAUUCGGAGGCUGCAGGAGCAGGUGGACCAGCGUGAGGAGAACACCUGGGCUCUGGCCUCUGAGCUGGAGCUCCUGCGCCAGGAGCGAGAGGAAGUGGUCUCUCGCUUGCGGAAUGCCAGAGACAACCUGCAGCAAACACUCCGGGAGCAAAAACACCUGCGUCAGAGGCUUUUUCACUUCGAUCUGUCCCAGCAAGCUGUCGCUGGAUUGCAAGAUGAGAGGCGUCAGACCGAGGCGUGGGUGCAGACUCCACAGAAGGGAACAUCACAAGUGUCCCGCAUGGCAUCCAAAACAGGUGUAUACUUCCCAGGUUUCAUGUCUGUUGUUAAGGUUUUGGAUCCAUUUUUAGUUGCUGUUAGUGCAAGGAGAUUGACAAGAAUCCAAUUUCAGUCUUCUAUCUACGGAUAUCUAGUCUUCCCAACAUUUGUUGAAAAACCUAUCUUUUUUCCAAUAUAUAUUUCUGACUCUAUCAAAUAUCAGCUGGCGGAACUUCACGUAAAGCCGAAGAAGUUCCAGCCCCCACCAGAUGAAUCUUCAUGA